AUGGCGGAAGUGGAUCCAGAAACCCUUUUAGAAUGGUUGCUGACCGGGCAGGGUGAUGAGCGUGACAUGCAGCUCAUUGCUCUUGAGCAGCUGUGCAUGCUGCUUCUCAUGUCCGAUAAUGUGGACAGAUGCUUUGAAAGCUGUCCUCCUCGAACAUUUCUCCCAGCAUUAUGUAAAAUCUUCUUAGAUGAAUGUGCACCUGACAAUGUAUUGGAAGUGACAGCCAGAGCCAUUACAUACUAUCUCGAUGUUUCUGCGGAAUGCACAAGAAGAAUUGUAGCCAUUGAGGGAGCAGUCAAAGCUAUUUGCAGCAGAUUGCUCACUGUUGAUCCCAACAACCGUACCAGCAAGGAUCUCGCAGAACAGUGCAUUAAAGUGUUGGAGUUAGUUUGCACUAGGGAGGCUGGUGCUGUUUGGGAAGGUGGUGGCCUACCUGCAGUGUUACACUUCAUUACGCAUCAUGGUACAUCUGUGCACAAGGACACUCUCCACUCAGCUAUGGCAGUAGUAUCAAGGGUUUGUGGCAAAAUGGAGCCAGGUGACGCUCGCGUGGGUGACGCAGUUUCGUCUCUAUCAGCACUUCUACGUCACAAUGACGCGCGGGUCGCAGACGCAGCACUGCGCUGUUUCGCAUCGCUAGCUGAUAGAUUUGCGCGUGCGCACGCUGACCCGGCUCCUCUCGCUGAACAUGGUUUAAUAGAGGAAUUAGUGCGCCGCCUGGGCAGUGCCGAGAGUGGCGAUGAUAAAUGUUCAGCUCCAGCUGUGUCUACUACUGUUAGCUUAUUAUCUACAUUGUGUCGUGGUUCUGCACAAAUUACUCAUGAUCUCGUCCGCUUGGAGUUGUGCUCAGCUGUGGAGGCGGCAGUACAGGCUGAUGAGCGUUGGUGUCUGGAAUGUAUGCGGCUCGUGGACUUGCUGCUUGUUCUCUUGUGUGAAGGACGACAUGCUAUACAGAAUGGGUCCAACCGUAACGGUAGUUCGACGUCGGGGUCGAGUGCGUCGGGCGGAGCCAGCGGCGAGGGCUCGUCGGGCGGCGGCAGCGGCGCGCGCGGGGACAAGUCGCACCGACAGCUCAUCGACUGCAUCCGCGGCAAGGACACCGACGCCUUACUGGCCGCCGUCUCCAGCGGCGCAGUCGAUGUCAACUUCACUGAUGACGUCGGACAAACCCUACUCAACUGGGCCUCAGCCUUCGGCACAAGGGAAAUGGUUGAAUUCUUGUGCGAGAAAGGUGCUGACGUGAAUCGUGGUCAACGUAGUUCAUCUUUGCAUUACGCGGCUUGCUUCGGUCGUCCUGCUAUUGCUAAAGUGCUACUUCGUUAUGGUGCAAAUGCUGAUCUACGCGACGAAGAUGGAAAAACACCUCUUGACAAGGCCCGGGAAAGACAUGACCAAGGUCAUAGAGAAGUGGCAGCGAUCCUGCAGUGUCCUGGAGAGUGGUUGGUAGUCGGUAAUCACGAUUCGCCUUCACCGACCAAUGAUGACGAUUUCCCUGAAACUGGCGACAAGGAAAUGGCAGCAGUAUACCUCGAACGCCUGGUGCCGGUGUUCUCGGCGCGCUACCUGGGCGCGGGCGGCGCGGGCGUGCGGCGCGCCUGCCUGUCGCUGGUGCGCAAGAUGGUGCACUACGCGCCGGCGCGGCUGCUGCGCGCGCUGUCGCUGCGCCGCGAGCGCCGCCCGCCGCGCUGCUGA